ACCGAUCGCCAUCAGUCGAUCGGUGUUAGCCGUCGCGUUGCGGUUGCUCGGACUGCUCCAUUCAAUCGCGCGCGCUCCCGCUCGCUCCCGCUCUCUCUUGCUCUCUCUCUCUCUCUCUCUCACGCGCCAGGAUUACAGGAUGCUGCGGUGUUGCUGUCGCUGGUACCUGGUGGUCGGAUUUGGGCUAGCAGUGGCCGCCACCGGGUUAAUCUUUCUGCUCGGCUGGCGCGAUAUCUUCAACACGCUCGUGAUGGAGGAAAAGUCCCUGGCACCCGGGACACCAUUCUACAAGGAGUGGCGCCGACCAACGAUCCGGCCAGUCUGGCACAUCGAGCUGUACAACUGGACGAACGCGGCCCAGUUCCUCGAGGGCGGCACCACACGACUGGUGGUGCCCCAUUUUCAACCGAUCGGACCGUUCGUCUAUCAAGAGCACACGGAACCAGUCGAUGUGAAGGUGUACGCCACCAACGCUACAAUCGCUUACCGGCGGCGUACCACGUUCCGGCGGGUGGACGGUGAUGCUGGGAUGACCGGAACCCGGAACGUAACGACCGUCAAUCUGGCGCUGCUCGCGGUAGCGUCGCUGGCACGGUCACUGGACCACGCCACACAACGGGAACUGUCCUUUCUGCUGCACAGCCUCGACCAGACGCUCACGAUGACACGCCAGCCCGGGGAGCUACUGUUUACGGGCUACCGGGAGCCCCUGUUGGGCCAGGUGCGCCAUCUUGUCUGCGGUGAACGGGUGGCUCCGGGGGCCCUGUGCCACGGGGAUCGCACCGAACGGGUUGCCCUCUUCCGUACCUUCAACUUGACGCGCCGUCCAGCCGAUCAGCAGUACCAGCUCAGCACAGGGCUUCCGGGGGGGCCGUACGGUAUGGUCAGUGGACCCACGCAACACUGGCAGUCGGACGAUUGUGGCACUGGUUCCGAACGGGACGGUUUCAGCGGUUACACCGGCGAACUGUUCCCUUCACGCACACUAACCGACCAACCACUGCUGGUGCUGGUGUUGCCCGAUCUUUGUACCCGUGUCCGGUUGCUGUACCACGGUGAGAUGGAGAUAGACGGUAUCGUGGGUGCUCGGUAUGAAGCGGAACGCCAGCCACCUUCCUCGGACGCUGGUUGUGUCGAAUCGAACCGGACUGCCAGCAGGGGUGGUGGUGGUGGUGGUGGUGGUGGUGGUGGUGGUGCUGGCAUGCUCAACACGUACCGGUGUGCCGGAUUGCCACUGUACGGUGCCACACCGCCCAACGGAACAUCUCCUGGCACCUAUCUGGUGGUGGAAACGGUGACGGGUAUCGUGCUGGAGUCGUCGAUCGGCAUGCGGUACGAGGCCCGGCUUGAGCCGAGUAGCCGGCUUGCCCUGCUCCAGGAUGUGCCGACCGUGCGCGUACCGGUGGUCGAGUUUCGGCGCCACUAUCGGCUAGAUCCGUUGUUGGCCACUCGGUUGAGGCAUCUGUUGCGGGUGCUGGAGGCGGGCCACCGGGCUGCGCUUGCCGGUACGGGGGUCGGUUUGUUUAUAGCGGCUUCCGCCGUCGUUUACGCGCUGGUAGCGCACCGGAGGCGGAGGAAUUCGGGUGGUGGUGGUCGUGCGGUGGCCCACAAACCACCACCGAGCGCUAGCGAGUAUCGCGUUGUUGCCAUGCGUCUAGACGGCGGCGCCGACAGUUGAGUGGUGAUGGGCCGGGGUUAAGGAGGGGAUUUUUCCUUCGUGACAUUAGUUUUUUAAAAUUUCCCCUGAAUACUGAUCCUUUCAAGAGUAUUGUGUUAAAGUUUUGGAUCAAUCGAAGCGAAACUGACAGAGAUACAGAUUUUUGAACAGUCGCACGCAACUCAUGCAUUUGCAGACACGCAUUUCUAAAUUGGAUGCCAUGGACGAAGUUUUGCACAAAACUUCUCCAAAAUUGUACCAAAUAUUCUUCAAAAGUUGUAGUUUAUUGUGGCAUUUACUGGAAUAUAUAUAGGUUGAUAGGUUUUUUAGAAACAAAUCAUCAAACAUGAGCCAUUUUUUGGUAGGAUUCAAAAGACUUCAAGCGACGAACCCGGUUUUGACAAAUCCCCAACGUGUUUUCAAAGGCGGUCGGCCCAUCCAGUACCGUAAAAACUACUGGGCCGAUCGAUUUGAAAUUUUUAACACAUAAUCUAUCGACUAUUUGCUAGGUAGUCCCGUUGAGAUUUUAUAAAAAUCGUUGAUACUUUUUCUUUAAACAAAUCGCCAAAAAUCGUGGCUUUAGGCAAAAUCGCAAAAACGAUCACUUUUUCAACUUCAAAAUGCUGCCAAAAUUCGAAAAAUAGGAAAUUCAACAAAAACUUAACGAGGCUAGCUAGAUAAAUUUAUAAUCUUUCGAAUGAGUAUCGAUUUGUACGUUUCUGAUGACCCAUCACGUAGCUACGACCUUCACAAAUUGGAUGCCAUGGACGGAGUUUGUAAUAAAUGUUCCCCAAAAAAACCCAUCUAAAAACUCUUGAACAAUUGUAGUUUAAUGUGACGCUCAGAGGAAAGAAUAAAGUU